CAUGACACAAUUACCUCAAGAAUCGAUCAAGAUGUAUUGCAGGUCUGCCUACGUUUCCGAUUUUUUCUCCCUAGCGGGGUCUUUCCACGCGCCUGUGGUGUUAUAGAUGGACAAAGUUGAACACAGCCGAGCUGCCAAUUCCUCUCCUCUGUUGCAAAGAGGAAACGAGGAAGAAGAGAUAUGACGGAAUACGAUGAACGCGGCUGUGGGUCCAACAUGUAUUUACCGAGCUGUACUUAUUACGUUUCGACGCCAGAUUUUACAUCAGUCUCCUCCUUUUUACCACAGACUACUUCGUGUCAGAUUAAUUUCCCCUAUUCCCCCAACAUAGCCCAAAUCCAACCUGUCCGAGAAAUCGCGUUCAGGGAUUAUGGACUGGACCAUCCCAGCAAAUGGCACUACAGGGGCAAUUACGGGUCUUACUACUCGGACGAGGUAAUGCACCGGGACUUGAUCCAGUCCUCCAGCAGCAGGGCGGAUGUGAUAUUCAAAAACGAGUCUUUGUACGGCCACCACCGCGGGGCGAGCUCGCCGUGCAAUUUCUUCAACGGUGCCGGCCGAAAUGGGGUUCUGCCCCAAGUCUUCGACCAGUUCUUGGACAACCCUAACUCGGACAAGCCCAACGCGGAGCCCCCCAAACAAAAGACAGACUCUGCUGCUCCCACAGAUGCUGCGAAUAACAAUCAGGCUUUAACCAAACUCGAGCAGGACAAAGCUGACCCGAGCGGGAGCGCCGACGAGGACUCAUCCUCCAACUGCGGCGACAAGAGCAGCAGCCAACAGACUUCAUCAACCAAAUCCAGGAAGAAGAGGUGUCCUUACACCAAAUACCAGAUCCGAGAACUUGAACGAGAGUUUUUCUUCAACGUGUACAUUAACAAAGAGAAGCGGCUUCAGCUGUCCAGGAUGUUAAACUUGUCCGAUCGGCAGGUGAAGAUCUGGUUUCAGAACCGGAGGAUGAAAGAGAAGAAGCUGAACCGCGACCGGCUCCAGUAUUUCACUGGGAAUCCUUUAUUCUGAUACCUGACAUAGUUGUACACACACCGACACACACACACACACACACACACACACACACACACACACACACACACACACACACACACACACACACACACACACACACACACACACACACACACACACACACACAGUACAAUAGGAGCGAUACACACGUGUUUUAAAGACUGGUCCCUUCGGCCUAUUUGAAUCUUCAUAUAUAAUCUUUUUUUAAACAUAAAUCUAGCAUUUUCAAUACAAACAGGAUGCCAUAUUUUCUUGAUUCCUGCAUUAUUUAUUUGUGUUCAUAUAUUUUCGUGCUUUUGGCAACCAAAAUCCCAACAAAGUGCGUGCUGUGCUUUUCAUAUUAUUUAUAUCAAAUAUAUAGGCUUCUCUCGUGUGUAAUGUUCCUUUUAUAAGACGCAUGUAAUGCACGUUGUGGUGUGAAAUAAAGUAGACACGACACAUGUUGUAUCAUAUCACGAAACUUGCCACAUGAACUUAACCAAGUCCAAAUACAUAACAACAUGAGCAAAGGAAGAUUUUUCUUAAGAUACAUCAGAGGAUAAAUAUGGCGCUUGCAGGCCUGUAUGCCCCGUUAUUUCCUCUACUUUCAAACACUAGAUUGUUUACUAAACCUUGAACCGUCUAGACAGUAUAAUAAACGCAGCUGUAAAUGUCUAAAUAGGGGGCUAUUGGACUUUGCUGUCCCAACCCCCAGGCAACAUGAGCUCUGAUGCUCCUUCCUGUCUCACAUGUUUAGAGAAUUCAAGAGAUGUCUGCCCAUCCCGUCCAUAUUUCGCUCAUUUUGACAUAUAAGCACUUGUGAUGUAGCUGGGAUAAAAAUGGAGGUUAUUCUAAAAAGGAGCACCAUAAGAAAGGUUGAGUAAUAUUUUUAUUCAUCUGAUUUUCUAUGAUUCUCAAUAGGCGAAAUGUGGCUUAUACGCCUCUAAAAUUGCUGCAGAGGUGAAAGAUUUGUAAUUGUUGGAAAAAAACGCGUUUCCUUGUGGACUAAAUGCGGGUGAAACGUGUCCUUCUUUGUGCAGUUCCACUUGAUCCCAUGCUGCUUUACCUCAGCAGUGCAUUGUAUAUCUUUUUUUUUUUUUUUUAAUCAAAGGAACGGAGUAAAUAAACGUAUUCAUUCCACACAAACAGUCACUUUCUUGAUCAUUCAUGUGAUUAUUUUCGCUUCAAUGCACAAACAAUCGCAGCCCUUGUUUCAGAAAACCAAAAAUAGUUGCUUAAUGUUUGUUUUAUUUGUGGUUCAUCACAUCCACGGUUAUUUCCCCAAAAGGCUAUAGAAAACUGGGGUUUCAUUAAGCGUUUAAUUGGGUUGUCAUCAUCUCCUACAGUGAAAUUACACUACCAACUGUGUAGAUAGUCUCGGUGUAUCCACAUGAGGGCAGACUUGCAGCUCUGGUUGCAAGUGGAGACGCAGCAUUCAGUCAAAUAUAUCUUCUAACCUGCAUCAAAAUCAUUCAGUGGAAAAAUAAUCCGUUCAACACAAGUUGUGUUUACAUUUUAGUUUUAAUUCCAACUGCACCCAUGUGGCCUGCAUUGUUUAGUGUUUUCAACCGAUUACAGGCCUGCGUUUUUUAUUUGUCCAAAAGCACCUAUUGUUGUGUAUCAAACCAUUUGACAGUACAGGCUAUGAUUCUCCAACAAAACGAGUCUAGUUAAUCUUAAUUGAUAUAUAUAUAUAUAUAUAUAUAUAUAUAUAAGUGUGUGUGUGUGUGUACUUGCCAUCUAGACACGAAUUGCUCAGUUAAACUGAGCACUAAGUGAAAUAAUAUUUAAUUAUAUAUAUAUACAUAUAUAUAUAUAUGUAUAUAUAUAAUUAUAUAUAUAACUAGCUUCACUGAGUGCGCAGUUUAACUGAGCAACUUUUGUGUCUUCUAGACGGCAAGCACAUGUACAAGUCAUGUUCAAGUGUUUGAAAAGAUCAAACAAAAUGCAUAUCAUUUUUCUCCGUGUCUUUGUCACCUGAAACUCUUAAAUACUUUGAUCUGUACAUGAAGGCCGCACAACCUUUUACAUCUUUGCAAUGUGUCCCUAACUCCAUAUUGUGGGGGAAUAUUGACGUAAUGUGCUUCACCUUUCCGGUUGCAGCUGUAUAACCGUUAUUAUAUUAUCCAUUAUCUGCGAGUAGCUCUUUGCUUCUGAAAAAAUAAAAGUUACCGCUAAAAAAGGACAACGUUUUUGCCUGAACCUAUAAUAAUAAUGAUGAUAUAAUAACCGGUGUCAUUUGUAACUCUCUACCAUCAAGAUAUACGUUUUACUUUGUAUAUGCUCCGUUAUGUUUGAAAUAUAAGUGGAUCUUCUAAUAUUUGCCUUAUUAUUUUUACUAUUUGUAUUAUUAUUGCUUCUAGUAUUAUUAUUGUUGUUAUUACUAUAACCCGAGGUGCAAUUUGUUUUCCACUUUUACGGUACUUGUGCAGUCUACAUUUUGUGGUAUAUAAAUUGUUGAUUAUACUCAAAGAAUAAAUUCCAUAUGAAAGUUUGUUUUUUCAGUCCAGUGUGUCACAUGAUAUGCAAACUAAAGCAACAUUAUAUUUGAUUAAAACAAAACAAUUGACAUUUGUUCUAGUAUCUGUUAGGCUAAAUUGAAGACGUAUAGGAUGAAUUUAUUGCACAUGUUCAGUGAUUACAUUUGGGUUAACGAACCUUUUAUUUGUUGUUUGUGAAUCCUGUGAUGUUGAUGAUUUGUAUAGUCUACAAUUUGUUUAUUUACCACCAAAUGUAAAUAUCUAAAAGCCUUCAGACGGAUCUAUACACAACCUCUCAAAUGAGUUUUAGGAAGAUUUAAAGCUUUUCACAUAAAUACCAAAGAUAUCAUUAUUUCAGGCAGCAUUGACUGCUUUGUUCAUUUGCAAAAGACCUGUAGGGUCGUGGAUAUUUGUGGCCUAUUUUAAGUCAGUGGAUAUUUUCAGGUAAUUGUUUUAUUCCCCCCUGAGUUUAACAGGCACUGUUGAACACAUUUGCAUUUGACUUCCCUGCAGACGAAAACAAUGGAGCCCUGAGUACAAUAAUCCCCAGGCUGUUCACCACCAGGGGUUUAUUUUGAAGAUCGAUAAUAUCUGUGAAACACGUCAAAACAAUGUGCUCAAUAAUCUGUGCAAAUAAUAAAGGACCCAUUUACUAUCA